AUGAUUCAAGCCAGACUGUUUCGUAUUUACAGAGAUACCGUGGACGACGAAGAAGAGCUACGUCCCAACAAGUCUGUGAUCGCAUCAACACAUUUUGAUGCCAACAAGAAAACCAAAUUCGUGAUCCACGGCUGGACACACAACGCCCACAGAAAGUGGGUUCAAGACAUGGUAGCGGAACUUCUUAAAAAGGAAGACGUGAACGUGAUCGCUGUGGACUGGAGCCACGGCGCUGGACUCCCGUACGGGCAGGCGACAGCCAACACGCGGGUUGUAGGAGCUCAGACCGGUCAGCUGAUCAACUUCCUGAUAGCCAACACUAACGCCACAGCUGACAACUUCCACCUGGUUGGACACAGUCUGGGCGCCCAUGUUGCUGGGUACGCCGGAGAAAAGGUGAACAAUAUGUCGAGAAUUACAGGACUGGAUCCUGCAGAACCCUACUUUCAGGAUACUGACCCCGUGGUUCGGCUUGACCCCACAGACGCCAAGUUUGUUGACGUCAUACAUACAGACGGUUCAAGCAUUUUCGUGCUGGGAUUGGGCGCCAAACAACCAAUGGGUCACGUGGACUUCUAUCCAAAUGGAGGCCACGAACAACCUGGCUGUGAUCACAAUAUCCUGUCUAAACUCGUACACACAGCAUGGAAUGCGGCAACAAUAGGCUACUAUGGAGCGGAAGCGGCAAUUGCGUGUAGUCACAUGCGCUCAUGCUACCUCUUCACGGAAUCCAUCAACUCCAAGUGCCCUUUCCAGGCCUACCCGUGUGCGAGUGCCAAUGAGUUCAACAAGGGCGGUUGCCUCCAGUGCUAUGCCGACCAGUGUUCCUACAUGGGCUACCACGCGGACAAGUCUCUGGCGAGAGGCUCACUGUACCUCAACACCCAGAGUUCAUCGAAAUAUUGCAGCUAUCACUACCAGGUAACCAUUUCGUCGGGUAGCAACAUGGACGGCGUGGUGAAAAUAAAACUCCAUGGAGGUUCGGGCGACACAGCCACCAAACAGCUUAUGAAAACCGGUCAAAUAGUGAACGCGAACAACGACCUGUCUCACUUGAUUACGUCGCCUAAGAGCAUGACCAACAUCACGGGCAUCACCAUCAGCUACAACGAGACUAGCAACUUCUUGACCAGGUGGAUGUACCCGGAUGACUGGAAGAUUGCCUCCGUGUCCGUCUUCGAAGGGGAGACACAGGCUACGACGACGUUCUGUGCGUACGGCAAGGACGUCCAGUCUCACUCACACACAGACCUAGCCGUCACCGGUCACUGCACGUGAUCACCACGCUGUCACGUGCGUAACGUCGCUGGAUCACACGCCUGGACAAGACAACGACUUUUGUUACCCUAUCUGCUGUAAACCUGUAUAAGAUGUAAUUUAUUGCACAUACUGUGUUCCAUACGAUACUGCAGAUAUUGGUGACAAAAUAAACUUGUAAAUUUA